AUGGCACGAUCUUUUAAAACCCAUCCUUUAUGUGAUGGGGAUGAAAAUGUUUUCGCGUGGGACGAUGGCGAACAGAUGCAGCUGGUAUCAAGCCGAACAAUUCCUCAAUUCUACAGCACACUCCUCGUGGUAUAUGUGAAAGAGAUAGAGAACAUAUGCAACUGCUGGUUCGUAGUGUUAUCUUGUUUUAAGAGACUUGUCACCUGUCACCUCAUGAUUGAUAAGGCAGCUACGUUUGUGGAAACCGCCUUUGAACGAAUCAAGCAUAAAAGUAUCGACAUCGGUCAGUCGAGUUGGGCGGGCGGCGUGCCGAGGGAGGGCGGCGCGCGCGCCCAGUUCGCUUCCUGCGUCCGUCGCCGCGGCAACUGCCCAACCGGAGACUACCCGCUACCCUUCCUAACUUUACCCGUCAACACUCAAACUUGUUAUUUAUUCACUAACUUCCACUAA